GCCAACCUCCCAGUGUUGCAAUAUGUGGUUUCGGUCUGUCUGUUGGAGUAGAUGGUCAGGUUGGGGUACAACACGGCUGGAGGGUGGAGAAACUGACGGGGUUCCAACGUUAUAAAAGGAGACCCCGGCCUAGCCUUUUGGAGCAACUCCAAUAUACCCAUAAUGAAAUUGCACUCGCUUAUAACGUUGGUAUUCUUGUCAUUAUGGCAGGUAACAAUAGCUGCACCAGUCAAUCUACUCACACUCGGAAAUCUCACCAAGCCUUCUGAUGAUCCGUUCUAUACCCCCAAGGACGGUUACGAGAAGCUUAAGCUUGGCGAGGUUAUCAACUACAGGAAAGUCACCCACAAGAUUGGGAUUGUCGCUUUCGAAGAGAAGGUACAGGCAGUGUACCAGUUCUUGGUGCGGUCCGAGGACUCUCACAAACAGCCCAAUGCCAUUGUGACCACGGUAAUUAUUCCUCACAAUGCGGAUACCUCCAAGAUCUUGUCGUAUCAGGUUGCGGUCGAUGCUCCAAACGUCGACUGUGCACCAUCGUACGCUUUGCAACUAGGUUCGGACCCUGGUACUUGGAUCACCACCCAGGUCGAACAGCUCCUCUCGGAAGCAGGUCUUUACGAGGGCUGGAUUGUGGUGAUUCCCGACUUCUUGGGCCCCAAGGCUACCUUUGCUGCUGGCUACCAAGCUGCUUACGCUACAUUGAACUCAUUGAAGGCGGUUGUGGCCUCGGGUGACAUUACUGGUGUCGAUCCCAAGGCACAAAUUGCUUUGUGGGGUUAUUCUGGAGGCUCCCAGCCUUCUGCUUGGGGGGCAGCUUUGGCUCCUACUUAUGCUCCUGACUUGAACAUCAUUGGUGCUGCCGUGGGAGGAAUUCUUAUCGCCCCCAAGCAUAUUGCCAACUAUACUGUGGGUGGCUUUUUCGCAGGGUUGAUCAUCAACGCCAUCAAUGGACUAGGAAACGAGUAUCCCGAAUUAAAGAAGUAUGCUCAAGAUAAUAUAUACCCCGACGUUGAAACUGAAUUUUUUGCACCUGCUCACGAAUGCUUGGUGGAAAGUAUUCUUCGGACUCCUUGGACUUCCUGGGACCAGCUCACACCUUUGGGGGUAGAUAUUAUGGACUCUCCAGUCGUGGACAAUGUGACUGGAAUCAACAACUUGCUUAAUUUGAAUGCUAACCCCAAGGUUCCGCUUUUCUUCUACAACAGCAAGAACGACGAGAUCAUUCCUCCCACAGAUGCCGAUGAAUUGUAUCAAAAAUGGUGUGAUCUCGGCACAAGUAUUGAGUACCGCCAAGAUUCUCUUAGUGAACAUAUCACCCAAGCUAUUGUUGGAUCUGGUGAUGCCUUUGUGUGGUUGAAGGACAGAUUCAACGGGGUGCAACAGACUGGGUGCAAGAAAAUUGAAUCGACCACCAAUCUUUUUAAUUUCAACGCAGUCAGCGGAUUGUCCAGUAUCGUUACCGAUGCCCUUGAGACUAUCCUUGAGUUCCAGAUUGGCCCAAGCUCGCCAUCCCAGCACCCUGUCCCUACCAACGUAACUAUCACCCAUGUUGGCAAUAGCAGUGCCAGCAGCACCAGCAGUACCAGCACGUCGUCUUCGACUUCUAACUCGUUUUUGGGGUCGAUAAUAAGUGCAAUUUUUUAGAAGACCCAAUAUCAAAUAUGUCAGUUAAAUUGUCCGUAAAAAGUGUC